CGGAUAGUCCGGUGGGAGGUCAGCCGCCAAGUCAAUAACCUUGCUUAGGUAAUUGCCAGCGGGACUGGUGCCUGGUACGAAUCCCGGGGUCGUCAUUGUACUCGUGCGAGUAAUCCACGAUGCUAUGAGGCGCUAAGCAAUGGAAGUGACCCUUGAGGGAAGCAAUUCUGCAGAGACAUUUCCACCCCGGGAUGGCGUCGCCAGAUUACACCGUCCCGUUACAGGGAAGUUGGCACUUUGGCUGAGCAACUACUAUUCUCUUCUUUUUGCUUCCUUUUUUUUUGGGCCAUAUAAAUGGGUGCUAAAUAUUCCUUCUAAUUCUUUGCGCAUAAAUCUGCCACUCUUUAGUGAAUGAAUUAGCAGUUUCAACUCUAUCCGUGUGUUACGUUGAUGUUCAAUACUAAGAGUUUCAGACGGUCGUUGUGUAUGGCUUCGCUUCAGUCCGCAUUAGUAUAUAUCAGGACCGUUGCUUUCCGCUUUACCCCCGAUGGCCGGCCCUUCGAGCUGAACAAUUUAUCUAUGGAAACCGUCUGAAUCCAAGUGUCGAUAGACUGUUAUUUAUGGUGAAUAUCUUAAGCCCAACGAUGAAAGAUCACAGUGUCUAGGCAGGUAUGCUAUUGAAUCCCGCUGUCAUCAUAUGUUACUAUGCC